GAUAAAUGCACUGCGCGUCGCGGAAUGCGGCCGACACGGCCGUCUUCACCGAGAUCCCGCCGCGCGGCGCCCAGCGCGACGCCUUCCUGGCCGCCAUCCUAGCGCAGAACAUGAAGAAGUACGCGGCGGCCGGCAGCAAGCGCAGCUGCCCCUUCGCCGCGCCCGCCGCCACACAGAGACCGCGCCGCAAUGACGACCUCUCGGCGCUGCAGAGCGACGUCGCGGAGCUCGAGGCGCGCCUUGCCGCCGCGCGCAGGCGCCGCCAGCCUGCGGCACCCAAGAGGCAGCUCGACCCGACGCGCCUGCGCGCCAUGCUGCAGGCCUGCCGUAAGCAGGCGCAGCAGGACGUCAACGUGCACGUCGCCUUCACGGCGGGCAUGUCGUCCGUCGGCCCGCUCGAGUACGAGCCCAGCGCGGACGCGGCCGUGUUCAGGCAGAUGGAGAAGCGCGUGGGCGACCAGUACGACGAGCUCGCGGACGUGUUCAGGGACGCCGGACUGCACGAGAGCAAGUCGGACUUCUACGACGCGCGCGUCGUCACGGGCGCCAAGCAGGGCACGUUCGUGCGCUAUACGACGGCCAAGGUCGCGCCUUUUGACAUGAACACCAUCAACGCGGCCAUGUGGGCCGGCGCCAAGAAGAACGCCGCGCUCAACCUGAGCGACGACCCGGCCAUUGAGAGCGGCGACGACGAGGUGUUGUAUCUCAAGAAGCAGUGCAUGCUGCAGCAGGACGCCGGGGCCGCCGGUAUCCCCGUGCUGCUGCGCGGCGUGUGCCGUCGCUUCGUGGAGCCCAACCGUAUCGUCGUCGUCUGGGAGGGCACGGGCGACUGGCCCAAGGACUACCUCCGCAGCCAACCGAGCAGCGUGCCCAUCCGGGAGCGCGGCUACUGCACGUGCGUCUGCAUGACCCCCGGACUGUCGGCCGGGAUCGACAUGAAUCAGCCGGAGUGCCUGCAGAUGCUGACCGACGUCGUGAUCCCGUCCUACCGGAAGGUCCUCGACGCGCGCGAGCAGAUGCUCGAGAACGCCAUCCUCGAUGAGAUGAUUCACUCCAAGAUGCGUGGCCCCUCCUCCACCUUCAGGGUAUAG